UUGAAUUAAUUCUGGUUUUGUCCGUCAUGUCUGUUUGGUAAGGGAGAGAGAAGAAGCCAUUCUGUGACCAGCCAGAAGCGAGGGAACAAUCACAAGAUGGCGCUUCUGACGAUGGCCGUGUCCGCUCUCUUGGUUUGUUUCACUAUAGGAGGAGGGCGAGACAACAUGGGAACUGAUUUCAUUCUGGGCUUCAUGGAUAACAAGAUAUCUGGUUCCGCUAACAACAUCGAGCUGUUUGUGACGACAACAUCGAACACCCCCGCCAACGUCACAGUGACCACGCCCCUCUUCAACCCUAGCUUCUCCAGUAAGAUCACGGUCAGCCGGGGGAACAUAGAGAAGAUCGAGAUAACCUACAACAUCCGGGGCUCUGGGACGGCGGUACAGGACCGGGGAGUCCAGAUAGUGUCCACCGAGGAGAUCACAGUGUACGGGGUCAACAAGGAGAUGUACUCCACAGACGGGUUCGUGGCCUUCCCGGUGGACGCGAUCGGCAAGGAGUACGUCCUCGCCACGUGGACGUCUGAGGCGGUGUUUAUGAUCGUGGGUACAGAAGACGCAACAACGGUGCAGAUCACAUUGUCCGCCUCUAACCCCACCGCUACAUCCGUGACGUAUAAUGGCGGGACCUUCACUAACGGACAGUCCUUCACCGUCAACCUGAACAAGUACCAGACGUUCCACGCCUACGACGUGACCGGCGACUUCACGGGGACCAAGAUCGCGGCGGACAAAGUCGUGACAGUGAUGACCGGAAACAAGAAGGUGGCCGUCAAAGACACGAUGACGCGCUCCAGCUCAGACCACCUGGUAGAACAAGUCCCGCCCAUCGAGUCUCUUGGGAAAGACUUCUUCACUAUCAGCACGCCGGACAGGAACAUUGGAGACUAUUACCGCAUCAUCGCUACAGAGGACUCCACCCAGGUGUCUCUGGCCGGGUCCGUUUACACUACACUCAACCAAUACCAGUUCGUGGAGCUAAAUGUAGCUACAGGGGAUUACAAAAGUGUCACAGCCGACAAGCCUGUGAUGGUCACCAUGUUUGGUAAAACCGUAAGCACGCAGACUGGUGACGCCCCCAAUGGUGGAGACCCACAGUUUAGCAUUCUCCCGGCUGUCCCGCAGUUUCCGUCCGACUACACGUUCAGCACGAUCCAAACCCCUACAGGGGACUUCCAGAACUACCUGGUGGUGGUCAUCAAAGACUCUGCCAAGAACGACCUGAAACUAGACGAGCAGACUCCCUCCGGAGUCACGUGGUCCGCAGUGACGGGUUCCUCCCAGAACCUGAUGGUAGCCACUUUUCAGGUGACCCCUGGCUCUCACUCUAUCUACAACACCAACCCCGCAGCCACAUUUCUGGGGAUGGCGUUCGGUAACGCUCAGACCAACUCGUACUCGUACGCAGCCGGAACUCGAUUAGCGGCCAUUAAUGGGCCGUGCAGUACUUCCGCUACCGUGGCUGGGGACAUCGUGGAUAACGACUGCGACGGCUGGAUCGACGAGGAGGAGAAUAACGGAAUAGAUGACGAUGGUGACGGAGCCAUUGAUGAAGAUCUGGCCAACCCACCGAGAAUAAACGGAAAUUGGGCGGACUGGGCGCAGUGGGGCUCGUGCUCACUGACGUGUAACUCUGGGACGGGCUCUCGCAGCCGUUCGCGGACUUGCACGAACCCCGCCCCGGCUAACAACGGCAUAGACUGCGUAGGGAGUGGGACGGAGACUGGGUCCUGUACAGUCACCACACCAUGCCCAAUUGACGGAGAGUGGGGAUCUUGGUCAGCCUGGAAUUGUUCCCGUACCUGUGGGAACGGGGUAAAGACAAGGUCUCGUGAUUGCGAUAACCCCGCCCCGCAGCAUGGGGGAGCGGACUGUCCCGGAAACAACACUGACAGCGACUCGUGCUGGGCAGGCACCUGUUACCCCUCAGCCCUUGGGAACCUGGAUAAGAACUGCACGGCGUCCUCGUUUGGUUGUAAGACCGGAAGUGUCGACUGCGUGGACAUCGACAAGAAGUGUGACGGCGCGGUGGACUGUACAGACGGAAGUGACGAGGACCCGAAAGUGGCCGGAUGUACACCCACCUGUAACGGAGCAGGAGGAAUGGCUGGGACACAGUCCGUGUUACUCUUUGUGCUCUUCAUCACCAUUGUCAGCAACAAAUGGCGGAGUUUUCUCUGAUGUAUAUGGAACUUAUUUGUUUUCGUUUUGUUUUCUCUGUACGUGAUAAAUUUUGUUCUGAAUAAAAUAAUUA